CUCCCCCUUCUCUCUCUCUCUCUCUCUCUCUCUCUCUCUCUCUCUCUCUCUCUCUCUCUUCGUUCAAGCCUCCCCCUUCUCUCUCUCUCUCUCUCUCUCUCUCUCUCUCUCUCUCGUUAUAUUAAAAGCUUUUCUUUUUCUUUUUUCCUUCCCUCCAUUUCUUGUGAUCAUUUAUAGGAGUAUUAUAUAAGCUACACAUUGCAGUUUAUGUGAGUCUAACAUGUAAUCUCUGUAACACAUGUAUAGUUUUGAGGCAAGCUAGCUAUACCGUAGUUGAAGUCCACUUUACAUUUAAAAAAAAGGGGGCAGUAUAGUAUAGUAUAAAUAAUGAAGGAGAAUAUGAAGAUGGCCGGGAUGAUGAGGAAACAAACAGGCCAGGCGGCUGCAGCGUCACCAUGUGCGGCAUGCAAGCUACUGCGGAGGAGGUGUGCAGCUCAGGAAUGUGUAUUUGCUCCUUAUUUUCCUGCAGAUGAGCCCCAUAAGUUUGCCAGCGUCCACAAAGUGUUUGGUGCUAGCAACGUCAACAAGAUGUUACAGGAGUUGCCAGAGCACCAACGUGGCGACGCCGUUAGUUCGCUAGUUUACGAGGCAAAUGCUAGGGUGCGGGACCCAGUUUAUGGUUGUGUGGGAGCAAUAUCGUCAUUACAGCGCCAGGUCGACACUCUUCAGACCCAGUUGGCUCUUGCACAAGCGGAGGUGGUGCACAUGCGCAUGCGUUCCAUGCCCAACAUGACGGCCACCAACUCACCGGAAAAUGGAUCAAUAUCUCAGACAAAGUCCCUUUUUAGCAUGGACAUGGUGGUUGAUGAGGCCGAUAUAGGGGAGUCAUUGUGGUCAUGCUAGCUAGCUAGCUACUUGGGCAUGCAUUCCCUUUCGCGAUUACUACUCUACAUGAGAGAUUACUACUAAUGAUGUGCUAGCUUUCUUUAUUGUCUCCCUUUACUACUUUUCUUGCUUCUUUUUCUUACACUUCUUAAUACUAGCAACUCACAUCUCUCUGCCCGACCCAGAGAUGGAUGGUGAGCAUUAUUAACAAUAUUGUAAAUGUCCUCUACCCAUAAUUAUGAGUGAUUAUAUAAUUAAAGUAAUUUGAAA